CCUCUCCAUAUACAUACGGCCGCUCUCUUCUACGUUCCUUUGACCAUGCGCACUCGCUCGACAGCCCCUGCGGCGCAGCCUGCCCCCGAAUCAGAACCAGAACAACUCCCCCCUCCGCCCCCGACAGCCGAGCGACCCAGCAAGACCUUUAUUCUCCCCUCGGCAGCCACCGACGAUGCGCGACUAGUCCGACUACCAAACCCAAGGACAGGCGAAUUGACUCGCUACUUCUUCUGUCCGAAACUUGGAAUCCACGAGUUCACGGCCGUUGCCGCUCCGUCGCACGCCCCGCGCAGUAUCCUAUUCUCCCAUAAACCUGAGAACAGCACCGGCGGAAAAGAUAAUGGAGCGCCAGCAAGCGGUAGCAUCUCGAAGGCGGCGCAAUUGCUUGUUGCUACCCCGGUCGACGCGAUGUUCUUCAUGAUACCCAUUCUAUCUCCGCCGGGGACUUCCAAGGGUCUCUUUCAGCCCCUGGAUGACAUCCUUGACUCGCAGGACGAGCUUCCCAAGCACAUGCGCCACGUUCUCUUCAAUCAAACAUUUGAGUCUACGCUGCAAGCGCGCGCGGAAGCCGUUUGCGAUUCCGUGGAAGCGGGCGACCAGAAGAUGUUCCGGUUCAAUGAGACAAAGCUUCUCGGAGAAUUGAUCGCCAAGGCUGAGCGCAUGGCCGCGCAGGGUCUUCCGAAGAGCCUGGAAGAACGUUUCGUUCGCCAAGCCCUAGCGACUCCCUUGAUGGCUGUGAAGCGUGAGAAUCCUACGACCAAAGAAGCCUCAUCAGAAAAUAAAGAAAACGAGGGCGAGGAGGACUCCGAAGCAAAGGAGACCCCAUCGACGACAACAAACUCGAAUUCGGUCUCGGAUGGAUCGACCCCAGCCACAGAACCGCUGCCCGAGGAGCCGACGACAUCGGCAAAUGUAACUCAUCUUCUAAGGAUAUCCACCGCCUUAGCGUUUAUGAAAGAAUCCUACCUUUCUACUGCCAUUUGCGCUAGGAUCGAUGAAUUGCUUGCCAGCCCAGACAGCCCGAUUGACUUCAAGCCCUUGAACGAUCACCUGAAGCACAUCGCCGAUCUUCGCGCCGAAGCAUUAGCGUCCAGAUCCCUGGGCGACUUCAGCCGCAAACGAAAUGCAGAGGAUGACGAUGCUGCUGAGGUACGAGCAGAAAAGAAACGUCGUAAGGAAGAAGAGGAGAAGAAGAAGAAAGCGGGCGAAUCUCGGGGAGUCAAGGAUCUAAAGAAGGUCAAUACUACUGGGAUGAAGAAGAUGAGCGACUUUUUCACCAAGGCUGCUCCCAAAAAGAAGUCUUAGUGCUUAUUUUACGCAAUGAAAGGGGGAACCUGACAUGUGAUAAAUGAGCAAUGCUGCUCGAGUUGGACGGCAUUAGUGAGGCAUCGAGUACUCUCGGUACGGUCAUGAUAAGUCCUGCCGGUACCCUGGGACACUGAAAAGGGCCAUCUCUGGUUUGGGCCACCAGUCGGUUGUCGAAUACCCGCAUCCUCACCAAGCCCUUAUUGCAUUGGCAACUGGGCCGAUCUAAGACACCUAGAAGGACCUCAUCGACACAAGACUCAACAAGCCCAUCAUCUCAAUGCCGGGGCCUGACUAUGUACUGUGUACAAGACUCUUAAUUAUAAUCGGUGUAAAUAAAGUCGGACUAUGAAUAUGUCUCGCAGACGCUCAAAGGCCCAAUGCCAAAAUCAAUUUGGAGGCUAUUCAAAC